AUGGCUGUCCAUCCCUACUCUCCUUACACCAACUUUGCAUCCCCCACCACCAACACCACCACCGGCAUCAUGGAUUUCGAUCGGGCGGCGCUGCAUGAGUUCAUCAUGCAGCCCGUCUCGCGGGACAUGAUCUCUCAUCUGGCUCAACAAGCGAUGCAGGUCAUCCGCUGCGAACCGCAUGUGACAGCGCAUCACGCGCAUGGCCAGCCCACUCCCCCCAGCACGCCGCCCUUGGAUGCAGACCUGCCUCCUCUACCAUCUGUCACUACCUUUAUUACCUCGCUAGUGCUCCGCUCGCAGGUGCAGGUGCCGACGCUGAUGACCUCGCUGGUCUACCUGGCCCGGUUGCGGGCUCGCCUGCCCCCCGUCGCCAAGGGCAUGCGCUGCACAGUGCAUCGCAUCUUCCUGGCUUCCCUGAUUCUGGCAGCCAAGAACCUCAACGACUCCAGUCCAAAGAACAAGCACUGGGCCCGGUACACCUCCGUCCGCGGCUACGAGGGCUUUGGGUUCUCGCUGCCCGAAGUCAACCUGAUGGAGCGUCAGCUGCUCUUCCUGCUGGACUGGGACAUCCGUGUCGACGAGGCCGACCUCCUGCACCACCUGGAGCCGUUCCUCAUGCCCAUCCGUCGCCGUCUCCAGCUCCAGGAGCAGCGACAGCGCGAGGCUCAGCUGCGUCAGCCCCGUGAAUGGCGUCGCUUCCAUGCCUCUGCCGAUCUGUUUGCUGCUCGCCUUCACCGUCAGAAGGCCGAGGGUCGCCGUCUGCCUGGCGAGUCUCCCACACGGAGACGUCUGCCCCCCAGCCCAGCAUCGUCAGCUUCCCUUUCUUCCGUCUCCUCAGGCAGCUCCUACUGCGCCUCUCCAGCGUCCGUGGCCGAGUCGGAGCGGUACCGCCCGUACCCACCUCGUCGACGUCCCUCGACCCGCAGCCAUGCGUCUGUCUCUUCUCCGCCAGCUUUGCAGGAUGUCCCAGGCCUAUCACGUGCUGAAACGCUUCCCUCACUGAGCUCGCGUGCUUCCAGCAUCGCACCCAGCUCACGGGGCGACACGCCCGCUAGUCUGCGCACCUCCAGCUCGAUAGCCAGUAUGAACGAGGUGCACGUGGUGGAUGGCAGUCGCAGCCCAUCGGUGAGCAACGGCUAUGUCUCGAUGGGCGGCACGAAGGUGGAGGAGCUGUCGCAGCCGAAUAAGAAAGCCCGACACUCCCUGAGUCACGCACACGGACCCGGACAAACCCACCCGGGGUUCGUGGCGCGGUUCCUGGCAUCCGCGGCAGGGUCGUACAUGGGAGGCCGCCGGCAUUAG